AGGCACCAAUGUGAAGCCGGCCCAGGAUAUUAUCCGCCGGAACAGCGUGGACCCGGGUCUAUGCGCGCGGUUCACCCCGCUUCCACGGUUAAAAAUACUGUUGAUUGUACUGCGGCACCCAGCUGCCUGCUGGGGCUUUGUUUAGGAACAGCUGGGUUCUGCAUCUGUGUUGUUUCGACCACAACACGUCUGUAUUUUGGGCUCCGUGCCAUAAGGAAAUGGGCCGGUUUCUCAAGACCAACAGGGGAAUAACAGUUGCUCCGCAGCCAAAGUAAAUAGGUGUCCCGCUCGGUUUGAUCACGUGAGGGUGAUAAGCACACUGCUGUUCCAAUGAAUCCGCCGUGGAUUACAGUGUUUGGACUGGAUUUGAAGAUGAUGCUUUUGUUGCUCCUAUGCCUGCUACUGCCAUCUUCUACGGCUUUAUCAAAGGAGGUUGAAGGAUCUGCUGAUGACCCCGAUGAUGAGGACCUUAUCGGUGCCGUGGAUGUGCAACCCAUAAAUGAAUUCCAGGAUCCUGACAUGGGCAAAACUACAGGGGGAGAAGAAUCAGACCAGUUUGUGGGGAUUGUCGUUGGUGUGGCUGUGGCCAUGGUGGCUCUGUCUGUCGCUGUGAUAAUUGCAAUACUGUUGGUCCGACGCAACAUGCAAAGGCGUCAGCAAGGCGUGUACUCGGUGCCUGCAGACCAGGACCAGAAGGUCUCCGUGUAGCUCCUGGGUUCCAGCCCCCCCAGGACCCAGUAGAACACCGAAAGGAGGACCAAUGCACUGACCACAUAUUUCACUCACAGGGUUAAGGGUUUAACCCCGGACAGGUUCAGGGUUUGACCCGGACAGGUUCAGGGUUUGACCCCGGACAGGUUUAGGUUAAGGCGCCAUCUUGCAUAUCCCUGUAUACUUGUAUUUCUCGCUGCUGAUCUGUGCCACGCUCAUAUUAAUAAUUAGCAAGUGAUGUUUGCCUUUCUGUCAUGCUUCAAUCCUGCAUUUUUGCAUUAUAAUAUGAACACAUUAAGCCUUUUAAUAAGAUUCUAUUUAAAGAUGAAACGCGGGAGCCUUUAAAUGUUUCUUUAAAUGGAACGGCUUCUGUUGUGAGCGGGAUUUCUCCCAUUCCUCUCCGGCUAAGGUGCGUGGUGGGAACAUUGAUGUGGGGGAUCUGUUGGGACAGACCUGCCACGAGCGGAACAGGCUUAUUUCAAAGACAAACCGUGCUAAUCCACAGCAGAGUGGCUCAGUUCUCACUUCGGUUUCCUCCUCAUUUGCCUGACAUCCCCUGUUCUUCACCCAGUAGGAGUGGCAGGAGGGGAUGGGAGAUAGAGCUGGCUUUCCCCACAACUCAGGCCAGGCUCAACUAGUGAGUGUGUGUGUGUGUGUGUGUGCGAGAGUGUGUGUGUGCGAGUGUGUGUGUGUGUUUAUGUGCGUAUGUGUGUGCAGAUGUGUGUGUAUGCGUCUGUGUGUGUGUGUGCGUGUGUGUGUGUGUGUGUGUAUGCGUCUGUGUGUGUGUGUGUGUGUGUGCAUGCGUCUGUGUGUGUGUGUGCGUGUGUGCAGUGCUAGUUAGAACAUCCUGUUGCGAGGCAGUGAAUUAAUCGACCGCCAUGAAUGAUGACGUUUUUUUUUCCCCCACUUCCUCCAGAAGACAAUCUCUCCAACGUCCUCAGCCUGGAAGAUUGUAAAUAAAAUAAAUAGCUCUAUGAUGGCUGGGGGUUGGGAAGAUGGGGUUUUAUAACCGGGACAGAGAGACAAGAUGGGGGUGGGGGAGAGAUUUUUAUACCCGUGACAGAAAGACAAGGGGGAGGGGCGGGGCAGAAUUUUCAAACAGCUUGUAAUAGACCUCUGAAGAAUAAGUCCCGGCUCCGAACCUCCCGGAUCCCUCAGUCAAAUGUCCAUGGGAAAUAACAUGUGGUUGUAGAAUGAUCGUACAUAACAAACUCUGUACUCAGCCUUGGGAGCGGGACUUAUUCUUCAGAGGUCUAUGGCUGAUCACAUUCAAACCUGUUGGCCUGAUAUCACCCCUUUAAGGUGCGCUUCUGGGGCCUCCGACCCGGUCUCACCCUUUGGAUGUGGUAUAUUGUUACGCCUACGAUCGGUUAAAAAUUGUAUGUAUAGGCAUUGUAUCUCAUGGUAAAAAUAAGACUGUAUAUAUAUAUAUAUAUAUAUAUAUAUAUAUACAAAUAUAUAGGUAAAAAAUGUUUCUCUUUUUAUGAUGUCAUUCAGGCAUGCGCUCUCUGCGUGCUUACUAUGCAAGCUCUAUCUAAUACUACUAAACCAUCUAACCAUAUAAGAUAGUUGUUUUACAUCAUUGCUAUACUAUGUCAUUCUACUAAACUAUCUAACACUAUGGGAUAGUACAGUAGUUUUACAUAGCUGCUAUACUAUCUAAUACUAUUAUGCUAUAGUUACUUAGCAUUUUGUUAUUACCUGUGCUACCAAUACUCUAAGCAAAGGGAAACAGCUGUUGCUCCUCGCUCUGUGUUCGCUCCACCUGGUGGUAAAGCAAUACCCUCAUUUCAAAUGUUCUUGAUCAUAUCAGCAAUAAAAUGUCUGUUUGCCAUUUUCAUGCUUUUUUAAAAAUAAAUAUAUAAUGACAAAAACGGGCUCCUAAUAAAAACAAACCACUUGUAUUUCAGUCUAAAGUGGCUUGCUGUUUUCUUGUCAGGCCAGCCAAGACAUGCAGCAUUACACAUACAGGUAAUCUCUUAAGUAUUACUGUAUUGGUCGUUACUGUGACAAACACGUGUCAUUACUAUGACUAAUAGAGACGUUGGAAUACAGACACACACCUUCCCAGAACCGAAAACAGAACUGAUAAUUUUAUUUUAUUUACAUCCUGACGUCGGCUGAUGAUUUCAAUGUAAUCAAAAACUGAAAAGUUAUCUUGAAUAAUAAAAAUUACGAUUCGCCACUAUCGGGCUGUUUACAACAUCAAACAAAAUGUGGAUAGCAUUGUUUCUGUUGGCUCAAAGCUAACCAAAUAUUGAAAAGUUGAACAAAAUAGUCAAGUCAAAAAAGAUGGCUGAUACUACAAGGACCGUCACGUGUCCCAUCGCGUCUCAAGUAGAUUCCCCAACGAGUACCUAGAAGCAACGUGCAUGGGUCCUUACAAGUAUCUAAAAGCAAUAUAUGUGGCUCUUAUUAAGGUUUGAUUAUCUCUGUUAACCUAACUAAAGGCACACGUGUUUGUUUAGUUAGGUUUAGCAA